GGGCGCAGGACUCUCCCGCCUAAUUUCCUAGAGUCUCGUGCUUUGGAUCCCAACCCCAACGAGGAGAGAGAGAGAGAGAGGAGAGAGAGAGAGAUUAAAAAUGGAAAAUCAUCGAUUCCUGGCUCUAUUUAGGUGGGUUUGCAGGGUUUUCGCUCUCUUCGGACACUGUCUCACUCCAUUUCAUGAAUGCCCCUUUUCUAGGGUUUCUGAAAGCGAUUUCUUCACGGAUUUGAAGCGAUAGAGGCCUUUCCUGGGUUUCAGAUCCCUUUUAUUCAGACGAGAUCUCGAGCUGUGUGGAGCUGGAUCGGUCUCUUGAAAGGUUUUAGAUCAUUUUUUGUUGGAUUUUUGGGGUUUCUGAUGCUAUUUCAUGGAUUUCAUGUGAGAUUCGUAGGUUUUUAGUAGCCAGAGAUCUGUUGAAGGAAUGUGGGUUUGAAGAUGUUUGAGCUUUCUAGGGGUUUUUAGCUUCAUAGGACUCUGCUUUUUUUUUUUUUCCCCUUGUUUAAAUAGGUUUCCAGGGUUUUAGAAAUCUCAGUGAAGUGCGGUUUCUGGAAGGAUGCUGGGUUCUCUGUAUUUUUGAGCCCUCUGUGGUUCUGGAAAUUUGUUGUGUUUAAUCUUCGUAUAGUUUUGGAUUUUUUUUUUCUCUCUCCGAAGAAAGGUGAUUUUUGCAUGUUUUGAGGUCUCUAUUAUUUCAGAAACCCCAGUUUUUUCAGUUGAAAGAGAAGGAAAAUGGAGUUCUUCAAAGUGAAGUUCAAAAAGUCUCAAAAAUUGAACGAAGAGAAGGACCCGGAAAGUAAAGAGGCGCCACGGGAGGAAUCGAGAAAUUUGAAUGGAGAUGAUUUUCCCAAAGCAAAUGCGGCUGAUUUGCCCAAAGCAAAUGCAGCUGAUUCUGCUGGGGAAAUUGAAGAAGACGAUGAUGAUGACGAUUUCAUUACGAAUGAGGUGAAGAGGCGGAUUAAGGAGCUCAGGAACAAAAGUUUCAUGGUGCUGAUACCCGAAGAGUCGUCUCCGGAGGAUGAGGAGGAGGAAGAGGAGGAGACAAGCUCGAGCGGAUGGAGGGAAUCGGAGGCGGAGGACAGGUACCCGUGGUGUGGGUUUGAUACUUUUUAUGAUAAGUACUGCGAGCGGAUGCUGUUCUUCGACAAGAUGAGUGCUCGGCUGUUGCAGGAAGCUGGCUCAUGGAAUCCUUCAACCCCCUCGCCAAGGUCUGCAUCCAAGAAGCUGGCAUCAACCCUUCGCAGCCUCUCUUUUAAGAAGCGGGAGGAUCUUCAGGAGGAUAGCGAGCACUUGCAGCAACUGCAAGAUGACCCCUACCAAGAUAUUGAAACAGCUUAUGUGGCACAAAUUUGCUUAACAUGGGAGGCACUCCAUUGUCAGUACAUGCAGCUGAGCCAGAAAAUCUCAUCCCAACCAGAAAAUCCCGCCUCUUAUGGCCAUGCUGCUCAGAAGUUUCAGCAAUUCCAGGUUCUAUUGCAGAGGUUUAUUGAGAACGAGCCCUUUGAGCAAGGUCACAGGGCAGAGAUCUAUGCCAGAACAAGAAACUCGUUGCCCAUGUUGCUUCAGGUUCCAAGCUUUCUAGGUUCUGAUCAGAAAGAACAGGAAGAAGAAGAUUCAGGCAUGCUGGUCCUUGCCAAUGAUUUGAUAAAAGUAAUCGAGAACUCAAUCAUGACCUUUCUCCUUUUCCUGAAGUCUGACAAGAAGAAUUCUGGUGGUGUUCUGAAUUUAUUCAGAGGGAAUAACCAGGCUGAAAAUUCUCUUCAACAGAUACAAGCCUCUCUAGACAAGAAGGAGGUUAAGCUGAAGGAACUGCGAAGAAAGAAUAAAGGACGGAAGAAGAAAUCAUGGCCCACGACGCUGGAGCAAGUGGAGCUAUUGUUUGGCCUUAUUGAUGUUAAAGUUGUGUCGAGGGUCCUCAGAAUGGUGAAGAUUAGCAAAGAACAGCUGCUCUGGUGUGAAGAGAAGAUGAGCAAGAUUGAUGUGUCAGAGAGCAAGCUACUGAGAGAUGUGUCUCCUGUCCUGUUCCCUUGUUGAAUGGUUAGCUAUUGCUUUCCAAGUAGGGAGUCCUCCUAUAAAAGAAGACGACAGGGGGGCUCUUGCCUAUCCUGCUUGCCCUUUCUGCCGCACCACCUGAUGAUCUAGCCGUUCAUCCAGAACUCUCACCAUAGAUCGGCAACAUGGAAAGAUUCUUACUGUCGAUAGAUUCUCACUGUCCAUACAAAGGCGAAUUGUUAACAAUGGUCCAGAUCCUAUCUGGUGGUGAGAUAUUUUCAAUGUGUUUGACUACAAUGAGACAUUCCAGAUGCAUUGCCUUGAUGAUGGUGUGGUGGGGCAGAAGGGCCAAGCAGCAUGGGUUAGCCUCCUUGGCAAUUUCACCUCUUAUAAAUGAUGUUGACGUUAUGCAAAUAUAGAUACAUAUGUAGAUGGGUGGGUGGAUAGAUUUACUGUCCAGGUUAUGUUCAUGGCCAAACAAGGGAAAAUUUUGUGGGUCUGUCUGUCGUUUCUUUCCCCCAAACAGACCAUCAUUGCAGACAUUGCUAUUUAGCUGUGUGAAACAUUUAUUUCUGAGAUUUUUGCU